AUGCGCUUCCCUGCUCUCCGGCACGUCUGCUCUGCCCCGGCCGCUGUGGGGCUGCCGCAGCCGCUGCGGACGUGCACGCUUGCAGACCGAAACUCGCUAGUCAGACCUCUGACUUCCAGGUUGGACUUAAACUUGUGGCAUUCCGUCUGUCUCAGCCUCCUGAGUGCAGAGAUUACUGGAAAGUGCCGCCCUUCCCAGCAUUAUGGAGCUUUAUCUCAUGUUUGCUAUAAAUCUACGUAUUCUUCUCUUCCAGAUGACUAUAAUUGCAAAGUAGAGCUUGCUUUGACAUCUGAUGGCAGGACAAUAGUUUGCUACCACCCUUCUGUGGACAUUCCAUAUGAACACACAAGACCUAUGCCUCAACCAGAUCCUGUCCAUAAUAUUGAAGAAACACAUGAUCAAGUGCUGAAAACCAGAUUAGAAGAAAAUGAAAGUGAAUUCCUUGAGCAAGGACCCAUGAUAGAACAACUUAGCAAAAUGUUCUUCACAACGAAGCAUCGUUGGUAUCCUCGUGGGCAGUAUCACAGACGUCGUAUGAAACUGAAUCCUCCAAAAGACAGAUGAUAUUGAGAUUCAUGGGAGAAUCGAAGAGAAAUGUUAUCCUGUGCUUAGUUUGCCACUGGAAGAAAUAC